AUGGCUCUGGCGUACCCCGAAGGCGAGUGCUUCUUCAAGCGCUCCGCAUUGAACUCCAGCAACAAGAACUACUACCAAGCCGACCGUGCGGACCACUUCUAUGGCCAUUUCCUUCUUGAGUUCAUUUGGAAUGUGCCUACUCACACGGGAGAUGCCGCACGCAAAGAUCAUAAGCACCCGCGUUCCACAUACCACCUGAAUGACCUGAGUUAUUGGACGCCACCGCCGAUUAUAUCGAAGACAAAUGGCCCCUACAUCGGAAGCUGGUCACAGCUGCCUUUCGUUUAUGGGUCGCACUACUCGAAAGGGAAACAGCGCCGUAUGCAGCACAAUCUCUGCACAAAUGCCGACCGGCUUCAGGCGCAGAUGAAGGGUGGUGCUAUGGAGUCCUGGUUCAUGAUCAUGCCGAUGCCCAAGAGGCAGGAAGGCUGGGUCUUCAUUGAUCGCCUGACCAAUAUCCGAGGCAUCUACAUCCCAGUAGCACACCAAGCAUCCGAAGACCAUCCGGAACUUUGCACCUUUGUGCAUGUCAACCUUGCUGCAGCAGACACCAAUGUCAAUAUGUUUCAUCACGCCGGCAAUGCGAGCAACCCCAAAACGUUCUGGAAGCCGGUCACCCUGAGGAAGACAGUCGGUCUGCAGGAUUGGGGCAGCUUGACCGUGGGGUUCAACAUCAACGGCCUUGUGAAUCUUCUCUCCCUACCCCGCCAGCUACGUGCCCAAAAUGCCUUUACCUCGAAGAAUAUCAUUAUUGUCGAUAGUGAUAUCGUGGCAAGCCCGAAGCUCGAGCGAAGCUUUAACGACGACACAGACUUUGACUGGGCUCAGGUUGCCCGUGCAAACUUUGGCCUGAGUAUCCAAUGGAAGCCUGCCCCACAAAAGCAGGACUGGUUGGAGAACUUCUUGAAGAACUCUUUGACCAUUGCUGUCGGCUUCAUCCCCGGCAUUGGGCCAAUUGCGGCUAUUGCGUUCCCGUUGAUCUGGACGGCUAUUGCUGACCCGGACUCAUUCGUGGAUACCUGGAGGAAUCUCUGUCCCGGGGUGGAUCUGCAGCUGAAGCUCCUGGAGGCUAUCAAAGAUAGCGCUAAGGAGACUCGGGAAUACCUACCAGAUGGAUGGGAGAAGACUGCCCUCGGUCCUAAGUUUCUCUCCCGUCCUCCCACCGGUGGAAUGAAGGUAGCUGCUUUGGUUGCUGAACCCGGCAACGAACAGGUGGAUCUGGACUCAGAGGCUCUUAUCGCCAAUGAACUAAAGGCCUUGAUAGGCGAGUCUGCCGAUGGACUUGGCAAGGCCUUGGAUCCCGGGAGACCAGAGGACCAAAUUGUCAUCCUGGAGGCUGAUAUGGAGGUUGUUGGAGAUGGUAACGUCGAAGGAAAUGACCACCGCCUGGAUGACCAGGUAGGAGCAGAGCUCGUCCCCGACCAAGUGACUCUGGAUGAGGUCGGCCCCGACAUGAGCUUUAGACUGGCUGAGCAAGCCCUGAAAGAGACUGCCAGGUCAGAGGAUGAAAGUGAGUGGAAGAAACUCGUGGACAACGCCAUGGAGACAGCCAAGGAUAUAGCUUCCAAGCUGCCCAGUCUACCUGGAAUAGGACACAAGGAUAAAGCUUCCAGCAACGACAAGCAGAAUGACACUACUGAGGACCCGACUGUCAGUGAUGGGCCUGUUAAUGAUUUCAACUGGAUGGAUGAAUACUUCAAAGCCCUGUUUUCGGGCACUCUUCCACUCGAAGGACAGGCAUGA